GAGUGUGAUGUAAACAGUCAGGACUGCAUUUAGGUGAAGAGAAGUUAAAGUCCUGACAGAACACGAUGCUCGAGGAUAUGUAUCCUGUAUGAAUGUAAUAAAAUAAUGAGUGUAAUUUGAAAGGAUGAAGUAUCAACAUUGACGUAACCGACUUGACAUUUUGAUACUGGUUCAGGUAGAGACCACGCAGAGUAUUUUCUCGGCGUUCAGGUCGGUGUGAGCAUGCGCAGUCAGUAAAUGUUGGGACUCCAUUCCAGUUCCAGUCUGUCAGUUAGGGUUCCCUGAGCCUCGCAUCCUGAACAGCUGUCUACUGUGAUAACUUCACCUGCUUUAUAAACAAAAACAACUUGGCCAUGAGCGGAGAGCAUGGACAUGGAAACUCUCAGGUCAAUUCUGGAUCUAAAGGAUGCGACACCCACAAACAUAAAGACAAGCACAAAGACAAGGAAUACAGACACAAAGACCACAAGAAAGACAAAGAGAGAGAGAAAUUCAAGCACAGCAACAGCGAACAUAAGGACCACUCUGAGAAGAAACACAGGGACAAAGAGAAGCUGAAGCACAGCGACGGCAGCUCAGACAAGCACAGGGAUAAACACAAAGAGAAAGACAAGGACAAAGAGAAGAGGAGAGAAGAGAAGAUCAGGUCAUCCCAUGUAGACAAGCCUAAAAAAGAGAAAGUAAAUGGAUAUGUAAGAGAUACAAGCCCUUCUGCCAUUAAGAGCGAGCCUGAAGAAGACAAUGGCUUCUACCCUUCUCCCCAACACAACAAGACCUCCAAACGGGAAUAUGAUGAUGAAGAAUUUGUAUACAAGCCCAAAAAAGUCAAGACAGAGCAUGACAAAAAGGCCAAGAAGAGGAAACAUGAGUAUGAUGAAGAUGAUGAGGAUGAUGAGGACAUCAAGCCCAAAAAGAAGACAAAAGACAAGAAAGGAACAGAAGGAAAGAAAGCCAAGAAAGAAGAAGAGGAGAAGUGGAAAUGGUGGGAGGAGGAAAGAUCUACAGAUGGAUCCAAAUGGCGCUUCCUUGAGCAUAAGGGUCCAGUGUUUGCCCCCCUGUAUGAACCUAUGCCUGACAAAGUCAAAUUUUACUAUGAUGGUAAGCCUAUGAAACUCAGUGCUCCUGCUGAGGAGGUAGCUACAUUUUUUGCUAAGAUGUUGGAUCAUGAGUACACCACUAAGGACAUCUUCAGGAAGAACUUCUUUAAGGACUGGAGGAAGGAAAUGACAUCCGAGGAGAAGACAAAGAUCACCGACCUGAACAAGUGCAACUUCAGUGAGAUGAAUGAAUACUUCAAGGCCCAAUCAGAAGCUAGGAAACAGAUGUCAAAAGAGGAGAAACAGAAAAUCAAAGAGGAGAAUGAGAGACUCCUCCAGGAGUACGGUUUCUGCUUAAUGGACAACCACAAGGAAAGGAUCGGAAACUUCCGCAUCGAGCCACCAGGCCUGUUCCGAGGACGAGGCGAUCAUCCGAAGAUGGGCAUGCUGAAACGACGCAUCAGACCUGAAGACAUCAUUAUUAACUGUAGCAAAGACUCGAAGCACCCUAAACCUCCCCCAGGAACAAAAUGGAAGGAAGUUCGCCAUGACAACAAGGUAACCUGGCUGGCAUCUUGGACAGAGAACAUUCAGGGCUCCAUCAAGUACAUCAUGUUGAAUCCUAGCUCCAGGAUCAAGGGGGAGAAGGACUGGCAGAAGUAUGAGACUGCUCGGCGGUUGAAGAAGUGUGUAGAUCGCAUUCGUACCCAGUAUAGAGACGACUGGAAGUCAAAAGAGAUGAGGAUCAGGCAGAGAGCUGUGGCACUGUAUUUCAUAGACAAGCUUGCACUGAGGGCAGGCAACGAAAAGGAGGAAGGUGAGACAGCGGACACAGUUGGCUGCUGUUCACUGCGGGUGGAGCACAUCAAACUGUACCCCAAGAUGGACGAGCAAGAGUAUGUGGUGGAGUUUGACUUCUUGGGAAAAGACUCCAUCCGCUACUACAACAAGAUCCCCGUGGAGAAGAGGGUCUUUAAAAACCUCCAGCUGUUCCUAGAGAACAAGCAGCCUGAAGAUGACCUCUUUGACAGACUGAAUACUUCUAUUCUGAAUAAGCACUUACAGGAGCUGAUGGAUGGCCUGACAGCCAAGGUCUUUCGUACCUACAAUGCCUCCAUCACCCUGCAACAGCAGCUCAAAGAACUUGCCUGCCCUGAUGACAGCCUCCCAGCUAAAAUCCUGUCAUACAACCGUGCCAACCGGGCGGUGGCCAUCCUCUGUAACCAUCAGAGAGCUCCACCCAAAACAUUUGAGAAGUCCAUGCAAAACCUUCAGACCAAGAUCGACGAGAAACAGAAUCAACUGUCAGCAGCCAGGAAGCAGCUGAAGGCCGCCAAGGCUGAUCACAAGGCUUCCCAUGAUGACAAGAGCAAAAAGGCUGUGGAGUUGAAGCGUAAAGCUAUCCAGAGGAUAGAGGAGCAGCUGAUGAAGCUCCAGGUUCAGGCCACAGACAGAGAGGAGAACAAGCAGAUUGCUCUGGGCACCUCCAAGCUCAACUAUCUGGAUCCACGCAUCUCUGUUGCCUGGUGCAAGAAAUGGGAUGUUCCCAUUGAGAAGAUCUACAACAAAACCCAGAGAGAGAAGUUUGCCUGGGCGAUUGACAUGGCUGAAAAGGACUAUGAGUUUUAAACACACUUAAUGUUUUACCUUUUCGAAAUAUGCCUUUGAUUGUAGAGAUGGUUUGUAGUGGAUGUCAAAUGAUUCCACCGUGUGGUUACUGUAGGGCUGUGAGGACGAAGCUUUGUUGGAACUGUGACCACAGUUUAAUAAUUGUGCUGUGUAUAUAUAUAUAUAUAUAUGAAUUGGCUGUGAAUAUAGGAAAAUAACUCCUAAACCAUUUGACCAAGCUGCUAAAGGGCAACUCACUUUAAAA